GGAGGCGAACGCUGACGCUGACGAGGAAGGGGACGAAGAGGGGGUGAGGGAACUGGGACUUGCCGCCCCCGCCUCCAAAUUCCCCACUCCUCCGCCACCGCCACCACCCACCCCUCGCUCCGCUCCGCCCCGCCCCCCGAUUCCGGCGUUGCCAAGCAACCCCCCGUGCCGGUCCCAAAACCCUACCCGCCCAAUCCGUCGGAUUCCCAGCUCCCGGCCUCGCGUCGGAAGCCUCCGAGCAGGGGAUAGGCGGAGGAUCGGAUCGGUCGCCGGAGGAGCAUUGGGCGAUGGCUGCCGUGUAGGAUGCAGCUGGACUCCGCCGGGUCGCCGCUUAGCUGCUGCUGUUGCUGGAGUUCCGAUGCUUCGGCCGCCGCGAUCCUAAGAGCGGGGGGUGGAGUACCCGCGUGGAGUGGGUUGGACGGCUGGUUGAUCUCCGUGAGCACCGGCGCCUGCGCGCCGGGAGGUGAGGAAGUGGUUGCGCGAGGUUUAUGGAGAAGCCUCUGAGGGAGGGGGCCUCCCCGGGGCCGUCGUGGGCGCCGAGCGAGUUCACGGCUUUCCGGGGGUAUGCUGCGGCGGUGGGGGAGCCGGCGGGGGCGUCGCCGUCCGCCCCGGGCAAUGGGGUUCCCCCCCGCUCAAGCAACCUCCGCGCCGUCAGGAAGAGGCCUUUUGUUGCAAGAUUAACCACAGACAUCAUCCAAAUUUAUGAAAAAUGCAAUCCUGAGUUUAAAUACUCAGAGUCACUAAACCCCAAGCGGUUUCUCACCAACCCUGCAGUUCCCGUUCACAACGAUGGUCUUGACAAUGCAAAUUCUGACCUCAUUUUGUAUGUCAACCUGGAACUGGUUAAUAGAAAGUCAGACAGGAGGUAUGUUGUCCAAGAAAUGCUUGGGCAAGGUACCUUUGGGCAGGUUGCGAAAUGCUGGGAUGCUGAAACCAACAAUUAUGUUGCAGUGAAGGUUAUAAAGAACCAACCUGCCUUUUACCAGCAGGCUAUCAUGGAGGUCUCUCUAUUGAGCCUGUUAAACAAGAAAUUUGAUCCUGAUGAUCAACACCACAUUGUCCGAAUGCUGGAUUUUUUCCUCUACCAAAAUCAUUUGUGUAUAGCCUUUGAGAUGCUUGGUCACAACCUGUAUGAGCUAUUGAAAAGGAAUAGCUUAAGAGGUUUGCAAAUGAAAUAUGUACGAACUUUCUCAAGACAGAUAUUGGAUGCAUUGAUAGUCAUGAAAGAUGCUGGCAUUAUUCAUUGUGAUCUUAAACCAGAAAACAUCCUUAUAGCUCCGACUGUUAAAACAACAGCUGGAGUGAAAGUAAUUGAUUUUGGAUCAGCGUGCAUGGAGGGUAAAACCAUUUAUUCAUAUAUUCAGGUUUUGUUUGAACUCACUCAGCAGUUUAAAUUUUGUGCUUUAGUACUAUUUGUUGAUUUCAAGUCAAGUUUGUACCAUUUCCUUUUUCAGAGCCGUUAUUACAGGUCUCCGGAAGUACUUCUUGGUUAUCCAUAUACUACUGCCAUUGAUAUGUGGUCAUUCGGCUGUAUUGUUGCUGAGCUGUUUAUUGGGUUGCCUUUAUUUCCUGGAGCAUCAGAAUAUGAUGUCCUUUGCCGUAUGAUUGAGAUUCUUGGUGGGCAACCGCCAGAUGAUCUGCUUCGUGAGGCUAAAAACACCGGGCAAUUUUUUAAGCAUGUUGCAAGUAUCUAUCCUGAUAGUGAGGCACGGAAUGGCACUGGCAGUGCAUACAGAAUUUUAAGUGAAGACGAGAUCGAAGCAAGGGAGUCCAAGAGGCCAAAGGUAGGGAGAUGGUAUUUCCCUCGUGGAACGCUCGACAGACUCAUAUUUACAUACCCUUGGAAGAAUUUGAGUGAGGGAACCUUGCCAGAGACAGAAAAGGCCGAUUGCCUGGCAUUGGUUGAUUUCUUGAGAGGUCUUGUUGAGUUUGAUCCGAAUAAGAGGUGGUCACCACUGCAGGCCUCAUAUCAUCCCUUCAUCACUGGUGAAGCCUUCACUGGUCCUUAUGAGCCUGUCCAGGAGACCCCACGGAUUCCUGUAGGUCGUGCUGCAGUAGUUGACCACAACCCAGGAGGAGGUCACUUGCUAGGUGCUGGUCUUUCUCCUCAGGUUGGAAGCAUUAACAGAUGCCUACGAUUUAAUAAUGCUUUGCAACCAAAGAUGACUUCGUACGGAAGCAGUUGUGGAAGUUAUGGUAGCCAUGGUAGCUUUAACGAUAAUGCUGGUCUUGCAAACAGCUACGGAAGCUACGAUUUUAACAGUCUCAACAUUUAUAACUCACCAAUGGAUCCUCCUGGGUUUAAUUUACGUUCCCAAGAUGGAGGAUCAUUUCUAGGAUCUAGUCCGGAUAUUCGACGAAGACCUCAUCUCUCAUAUGGUGGAGGCAUUCGGUUAAGUCCUGGAGGUCCGGGGGCUAUGUCUCUUGGGGCCAGUCCAUCACAAUUUACACCACCAAAUUCCCAGAUGCAAAUCCCAGGUGCUAAUGGAAAAUAUGGUGCCUCUCCUUCAAGAGGUGCUCAUGGCUCCUCGUUGGGAAAGGCUGCUGCUGUAGGCCAGUACAAUAGGAGGAGGAAUCAGGGUUAUCCACCUAUGCCAAUGCCACCACAUGAGCACACAUCUCAACCGAUCCAGGGACACCAAGGAGAUGGUGUCAGUGCUGCUCGCUUUGAUGGAUAUAGUCAAGGAAGUUCUGGCUACCCACACAACACACUCCCUAAUUCUGGUCAUUAUAGCUGGAGACCUCAAAGAGGUGUUGGCAGUGGUUUACCUUCGGACCCUUCUUCUAGUCAUGGUUCUUUUCCACCCACCAAUUACCAUGGUUUUCCUCCCCUACACUCCUUCGAUGUGUCAGCAGAUACAUUGCCCUCCACUUCAUCGAUACCUGAUCCAGCCGACUGGGAUCCCAACUAUAGUGAUGAGUCACUCCUGCAAGAGGAUUGUUCAUUGUCGGUUGAGUUGAGUGGUCUUCACCUGAGAGACUCAAGUGGUCAAACAAACAGAUCUAGCAGAUUGGCACCUAUUCCAAGUCAUGAUAUUUCAAGUUCAAACCCUUCGGCAUUGAAUCGGAGAACUGGACACCUGUUUCAUUCAUCAUCUCUUGGAGAGAGUGCACAUCCUCCAGGUCAUGUCACCUUGGAUGGUUACAACCAUGCAAAUUAUUUUCAGCAGAGUUUGCCAAGCUUUCAUGGACAAUCAUUUCAGCAGUACAACAGUAUGACUUCCAGUUACAUACGUCCGAUGAGGACUCAACACAAUGGCCGGCCUGUCUGGACUAAUUAUAGUCUGGCAGAACCUCCACCCACUACUAUGGGAGAUGGAAUGCCCUGGGGAGGGAGAGCUGGUCACUCGUUUGCUGCAAGCGGACUGCCACCUUCCGUUGCAAGAAAGGAUUUUGGGAGGAUAUUUUAGUCGUGGAUAUGGAGGAAUGCCGAAUGCCACCAAAUCGAUGGCAUCGGCUGUUUGCAUUUGCAAUUCCGGGUUGGAUUGUUUGUGGGUGUGGUUGCUUUAUGCAAUGUGUUCCUCCGAUGUUUGUCUCCCUGGGAUGCUCCAAUUCACAAGAUAUAGUAUGGUUAUGAUUAUAGCGUUCGUUUUUUUAGUUUACCCGCACGAAUUCCAGUUCAGAAAGUGAGUUGUGCUCAUUGGUACAAAUCUUGUGAGUUCUGCAGGCCCCCUAGUUUUCCUGA